AUGGCUAACACCGAUGGCAUUGUAGAGGUUGAGAAGACACCCAGCAAGGACGUAACUACAGAUGGACAGACUGAAGGCACAGAGGAAGAUGUCAAUGGCCAACAGCCAGACAACAUCUUCCAGGUCACCAUCAAGCUCCCACAUGAGCCAUUCGAGAUGCCCAUAACGAUCUCGACGGCCGAGCAGGUGCAAGACCUCCGUCAGAACAUCAUCGAGACGCCUCACACCUUCCAGUACUCGUGCUUUCACCUAGAGCACGAGGGCCAGCGAAUCAACGAUUACGUCGAACUCUCUGAAGUCCAGGGACUAAAGGCCGAUUCGGUACUGACUCUGGUCGAGGACCCAUACACAGAGAAGGAGGCGCGGUUACAUGUUGUUCGUGUCCGGGAGCUCAUCGGCGCUGCCGGUGACCGAACCGAUGCGCUGCACGGCAUCAUGGCUGGACUGUCACUGCACGACACUGUGGGACACGAGCAGGCCUCGAAGCCGAAGGCAGAUGGUCCGGAACAGUCUCCAUUGGCCGACUACGACUUCAAGGCAUCGGGCGCUAUCAAGAACCUGCUGCCUCCUACUGAGGAGGCCGCACCCAAGACGAUCAAAUCCAUUGCCGUAUCGCCUUGGAACCCCCCGCCAUACCACCUCCGAUCCAAGGGCCACCUGCUGUACCUGGUAGUCACCACUAACGAGAACGAGCAACAUCACAUCACAGCCCACGUCUCUGGUUUCUACGUCAACAAGUCGUCGAAUGCCAGUUUCGACCCGUUCCCGCGACAGCCACCAAAGGACAAGCAGGCACACUCGCUUCUUACCCUACUUGAGGAGCUGUCGCCAUCUUUCCGCUCUUCGUUCCAGGAACUACUCGAGCACAAUGCGAAGAAGGAAUUGCUUACCAUCUUCCAGCUCUCCAACGCCAUUCCUGCCAACCCCUGGUUAGUACCUGCACCCACCUCGUCCCUCACCCCACAUCAGCCAGAUCUCGCGCGGACACAGGAGAGCUAUCUGAUCUCGGGUGUUGAGAACACCGAGACCCUUCGUGACUGGAAUGAGGAGUUCCAGUCGACGAGGGAGAUGCCAAAGGAGGCUGUCCACGACCGUGUGUUCCGUGAGCGCCUUACCUCGAAGCUUUUCGCCGACUACAACGACGCUGCAACCCGCGGUGCCAUGUUGGUAGCACGUGGCGAAAUCGCGCCUCUCAACCCUACUGAGGCCAAGGAUGCGCAGAUCUUCGUGUACAACAACAUCUUCUACUCGUUUGGCGCUGAUGGCGUUGGCACAUUCGGCGCCGAGGGUGGCGACGAGGCUGCACGCGUAGCUGUUGGCAAGGACGUAUUCGGUGUCCGCGCAGUGAACAACCUCGACAUCCAGAACCUCUUCACCUCUGGAACCGUCGUUGUAGACUACCAAGGAAAGCGCAUUGUUGGUCAGAGCAUAGUACCUGGAAUCUUCAAGCAGCGUGACCCUGGAGAGCACCAAAUCGAUUACGGUGCGGUCGAGGGCAAGGAGAUCGUUGCCGAUGACAAGUCAUUCGUCCCGCUGUUUGAGCAGCUUUCCAAGGCGCUGCGCGUCAAGAAGCACCCUGUUUGGGACAAGGACAAUGUCCGUCACGAGCUUGAGGGAAGUGUUGAGACUAAGGGUUUGAUCGGCACAGACGGUAGGCGGUACGCUUUGGACCUCUACCGCCUUACACCGCUCGAUGUUGCCUGGAUCGAGGCGCACUGGACUGAGCCUAGCAAGGACAAUGAAUCGAAGCCGACGGACAAGGACUACCCCCACCGUAUGACAACGCUCCGUCCCGAGCUUGUAGAGUCCUACGGCAGGCUCAAGCUGCGCGAGUACGUCAAGAACGAGAUGGCUAAGAAGACGACAAAGAAAGACGAAACCCCUGCGAAGGAGACCAAGGCCGAAGAGAGCUCAUCAGAGGAGGAAUCUGACGAGGAGGAGUCUUCGGAAGAGGAAUCUUCUUCGGAAGAGGAGGACUCUGAUGAAGAAGAGGAGAAGACACCCAAGGCCAAGAAGCUCACCAAGGCUGAGAAGAAGGCCGCAGAGAAGGCUGCCAAGGUUGCAAAGAAAGAUGCCGAGAAGAAGCCCGAUGCCGAAGACCCAGAGCAGGAACGCGUCGACAUUUCCGGUUUCUCGUUUGCGCUCAACCCUGAUGUCUUCUCUGGCCAGAACCCGCAAUCAGAGGAGGACAAGAAGGAGUGGGCUCAGGACGAGGCUGAGGUCCGCGCUGCUUGCGAGCAUCUCACAUCAGAGGUCAUCCCGCGUAUGAUCCAGGAACUGAAGGAGGGCGAAGUCGGAUUCCCAAUGGACGGCCAGUCGUUGAGCAACCUGCUGCACAAGCGGGGUGUAAACAUCCGCUACCUCGGAAAGCUCGCGGAACUGGCUGACAAGCCCGACCCAAGGCUCCAGGCUUUGAAGCGUCUGAUCAUUCAGGAGAUGAUUGCACGUGGUUUCAAGCAUUUUGCCAACUCUAAGCUGCGAAACGUGUCUGCACCCUUCGCAGCACCUGCUGCUGCUCAUCUCCUCAACUGCUUGCUCGGCGCUGAAGUUAACGCUAAGCCUGUAGCUGAGUGCGACAACAACCUCAAGAAGAUGUACCCUGAGGAUGAUUUCAGCUUUGAGAAGCUCACACCGGAGACUCUGAAGAAGGAGGUCCUCGCCCAGGUUGCCCUGCGAUACCGCUACAACAUGGAGAGCCUGGGUGGGUCGUGGAUCGAGUCCGGCAAGGAGCUGCAAAUGCUCCGUGAGGUCUCGCUCAAGCUUGGUCUCCAGUUGGAGUGCAAGCCGUACGCCUUCACCAAGGAGGCAUUUGAGGCAAGCGCCCCGGCUGAGAAGCCCGCUGCGCCACAAACAAACGGCCACUCCACAUCUUCUAGCAAGAAGAAGAAGAACAAGACCACCCCGCCAGUACGCACAGCUAGUCCUACUGUAGCUCUUCCUCCCCAGACCUUCCAUGCGGACGAUAUCUUGAACAUCGUACCCGUUAUCAAGGAAGCUUCGCCAAAGAGCUUGUUGGCUGAGGAGGCACUUGAGGCUGGUCGCAUGUCCAUUGCCCAAGACCAGAAGGAGCUUGGACAGGAACUGCUUCUGGAGUCUCUCCAGCUACACGAGCAGAUCUACGGUGUUCUGCACCCCGAGGUAGCCAAGGCCUACCACACCCUGUCCAACCUGCUUUACAGCCUUGACGACAAGGUCUCGGCUCUUGAGCUUGCACACAAGGCUAUCAUCGUGUCAGAGCGCACUCUGGGUGUCGACCAUGCUGAUACUGUGCUUGCCUACCUCAACGUCGGUCUGUUCGAGCAUGGCUCGGGUAAUACCACAGCUGCUCUGAUCUACGUGCGUCACGCGCUUGAGCUUUGGAAGAUCAUCUACGGACCUGAUCACCCCGACUCCAUCACGACUCUCAACAACGCCGCUGUCAUGCUGCAAGCCGCCAAGAUGUACCACGAGUCCCGACUCUGGUUUGAGGCAUCCCUUGCCGUCUGCGAGGACGUCUGUGGCAAGAACUCGAUCAACACGGCUACCUUGCUAUUCCAGACCGCCCAAGCUCUUGCUCUCGACAAGGACAUGCGCGGUGGUGUCAACCGUAUGCGCGAGUCUUACAACAUCUUCAAGGAGGUUCUCGGUGCCGAGGACCGCAACACCAAAGAAGCAGAGAGCUGGCUUGAACAGCUCACCCACAGCGCUGUCUCUCAAGCCAAGCAGCUCAACGAUCUCGCUAAGACACGCAUUCGCCGCAUGCAGCUUCCCGGCCGUAACCCACUUCGACCGGCUGCCGCGACACCUUCAGCCAGUGACGCCGCCGCCGCCGCUGGUAGUCAGCGCACCGGAGGCGGUCGUGUUGACCAGCGCAAGAUUGAGGAUUUGCUCAAGUAUAUCGAGGGAGACUCGCAGAAGGCACCAACCAAGAAGAAGACACAGACGAACCCUAGGAAGAGGUAG